AUUGGAGCCGGGAAGAGGAUCUGAUCCUCAGAGAUCAUCACCACAAACGUGUGUAACUGAAACCUGCAGCCAUGCUGAAACAGAUAUUAUCAGACAUGUAUAUUGAUCCUGACCUGCUGGCAGAACUCAGCGAGGAGCAGAAACAGAUCCUCUUCUUCAAGAUGAGGCAGGAACAGAUCAGACGGUGGGAGGAAAGAGAAGCUGCUGCGGACAAGGCUUCAGCAAAGAAGCCACUACGGAGAAAAGCCAACGGGAAGAGGGUGACCUGGAAGCUGGGUGCUGACAAUGACGUCUGGGUGUGGGUGAUGGGUGAGCAUCCUGCAGAUAAAUCGUACGCGGCCAUCUGUGAAGAGAUCCAGGCACAAAGGGCAAAGAGGUUAGAAAGAGAGCAAAGCAAAGAGAGCAGAGAGACUGACUCUUCUGUAACGUGGUCUCUACAUCCACAACCAGGAGUCCUGGGUGAGACAGAUCUUCAUGGGAAGAAAGGAUGUGCAGUGACAGAAAAGAAGGAAAGUGAGAGAAGAACUGCUGCUACUGCACCAGGGAAAAGCCAGGAGCUUGCAAAGAGGGAAACCAGAGAUGUUCACCAAAUGCUGGCAGACUGUCACAUGAGGAAGCAUGGCUUCCAACAGAUGAAGGAAGCACAGAGGAGAAAUUCAGAAGAGACCACAGCCACCCAGGAGGCAAUACCAGAGAGCCACCCUAGCUUGGAGAGCCAGAGCACAUGGCAGAAAUCAGAUGAGAAUGAGCCUGAAUGGCAGGAAUCCUUGCAGAAAUCCAAGGCAGCAGACGAGAAGAGACGCUCCCUUGCACGGCAAGCCAGGGAUGACUACAGGAGGCUUUCGCUGCAGGGCGUCCACAAAGGGAAGCAGGCAGAUAUUUCCAAGGGAGCCAGAGCAGGAGAUAGGCGACCACUCCAAUAUCCACCUCUGCCCCCUAAACCUAAACUUCUACCUCCUGCAACUUCAAAUGGGAGAGUGAGUAGGAAAGAGGGAAUCCAGAGGACAGUCUCCAAUUCCACUGAAGAAAGCAUCAUCAAGUGGUUCAAGGAGGAGCAGUUCCCUCUCCGAGCUGGUUAUCAGAAAACCACAGACACAAUAGCUCCUUGGUUCCAUGGAAUCCUAACCUCUAAGAAAGCAGAGGAGCUUCUGAGCAAAACAGUACCAGGGAGUUUUCUGGUCCGGGUCAGUGAGAAGAUCAAAGGCUAUGUGCUCUCCUAUCGCGCUGUGGAAGGGUGUAAACACUUCCUCAUUGAUGCCUCCAGCGAGUCCUACAGCUUCCUCGGAGUGGACCAGCUACAACAUUCAACUCUGGCUGACCUCGUAGACUACCACAAGGAGGAACCCAUCACUUCCUUGGGGAAGGAGAUGUUGCUUUACCCUUGUGGCCAAGAGGAUCAGCAGCCAGAUUACAUCUCUCUCUUUGAGUGAACCCCUUGGACUCACCAUGCAACCCCAUGCUUGUAUUCACAAAGACUGAAUUUCAAACUAGAGCUGCUGAUGCUUACCUGAAAUGGUUGCUCUAAACAAAGCAGUGGGAGGAUAAGCACUGUUGUGGGCUUGAGGUACCACCUGAAUUAAAGAAUGCAGCAACCCAGCAAGCUGCAAAGCACCUGAUGUACCCCACACAGUGAAGUGAAUGAGGUGACAAAGUCAUCAGUGGAACAGGGAGAUACUGCCAUGCAUUUCCAGUGUUUUUUUUUUCAGAUAUCCUGGGGGAUCUCUGUGCUCUGUUGUUCUUGAGUGCAAGGCUGUUUGUCAUCUGGGAAAUAACUGUCUACACUUGAAUGCAAUCAAACCUUCCUGAAGGCACAAAACAACUUGGAGAGCUGAAUCUGGCUUGAGGUAGUUUGCAUAAUGUGAAGCUUACUCUUGUAAAACGCUAGAAUCAAGGAUGCUCAAUCCAAAUAUCCAACCCUCGGUGCCUUUCAGUGGAAGGUGUUCUCUCUGAAAAGGGGCUUUCAUAGAAACUCCUUUAGUCUCUGAAUACAGAUCCUCACUCUUUUAACCCCUGUUUAAAUCCCACGCUGGCCUUUCUUCAUGGGGAGGGAUUAAGCUUUUGAAAGGGCAAGAAGGAGGGCUACAAGAGUGUCUACAGGAGAGUACGACAUGCACAAAGACUACCAAAAAAUGUAUGCAGCAACGUAGAUAUCAGUAUUAGUGCAGUGUGCAGGAGUGUUUGCCACUAAAGAGUGCUGUUUUCCAAAUGGAGCUAUUUAUUGUGAGUUGUACCCAGGUUUACUGAGAUGCAUCUGGUAUAAACUUUAACAUAGACCUUGUUCCUUCAACAUUAA